AUGUCACCCGUAGCCAAUAGCCCUCCAACGAAAUACGGCGCCAUCCUCUUCCCGGGAUUUCAAGCCCUCGAUAUCUUCGGACCUUUGGACAUUCUCAACCUCAUAUCGCGAGACGCCCCCGUGGAGCUGUCCGUCAUAUCCGCUAGCCUGGAUCCCGUAUCGACCAAGGACCCCAUGCUCAAAACAACCAUAGGCCAGUCUGUCCUCCCGACGCACACCUUUGAUGACGCGCCUCGGGACCUGGAGGUGCUUAUUGUCCCCGGGGGCAGAGGCUCCCGCGAUGUAGAGUCUACGGCGAGACUGGUCGACUACCUGCGGCACACAUACCCGAGGCUGCGGUACCUGCUGACGGUGUGCACUGGGAGUGCCUUUGCUGCGAGGGCGGGCGUGUUGGAUGGGAAGAGGGCUACGACCAACAAGAUAUGUUUUGGAUGGGUGACGAAAUUCGGGGACAAGACGGAGUGGGUUCCGAAGGCAAGAUGGAUCGCAGAUGGCAAUGUGUGGACCUCGUCAGGCAUCUCGGCGGGCAUCGACAUGAUGUAUGCUUUUGUGACGGAGACGUACGGGGAGGGCAUGGCAAGGUAUAUCGCAGCCGAGUCGGAAUAUAUUCGCAACGCGGACCCUAGCGAUGACCCGUUUGCGCAUUUGGUGUGA